ACGUAUGAAACAAAAACGCCAAAAAAGUAAAGAACAACGUGACAAAAAAACACAAGAAAUUAUUGAUAAAGAUAAAAUGGACAAAUCAUUAGCAGAAAAAAUAGAAAAAGGAUGUCUUAAGUGUGGGUGUGGGUUAGGAGGUGGUGUUCUACCUGUUUGGGGUCUGGUCGGCGGUUUAUGGUAUGCGACAUGGUCACAAUAUGUUACUCAAAAGGCUCUUCAAGCGGGUAUUGAGAAAGGUAUUGCUACUGUUGUUACUCAAUUAAAAGAAGUGGCGAACGAAUUUGUUAGUAUUAAGAUUGAUAUCUUAAAAAUGAUAAAUGCAGAAACUUACCGUUCCGCGCAAUCUCUGACAACAUCUAUUUAUGAAGCAACACAAAAAGCUUGUGCAGGAAAUAUAUCUCAAACAGCACCAAUUUGCGUUAGAACAGGACUAAGGGGUACUCCAUUUUGGUAUAGUGAAAAAGUAUUAGAUGCUACAAGAGAAGGUAUUUCCGUUGCUAAAUCUGCUGAAAAAGCUGCAAUAACUGCAGAAAAUGCUAAAAGUACAUAUUUGUUCAGUGCAAUUGGUUACUCCGUCCUUGCCAUAUUAAUUAUAGUUUUGGUUAUGAUAAUAAUUUAUUUAGUUUUACGAUAUAGACGAAAAAAAAAGAUGAAUAAAAAAGCCCAAUACACAAAAUUAUUAAAUCAAUAA